AUGGCGGUAAAUGUAUUCAUGACAAUACAAAGUGAAGUGAGGUUACAAGCAGAAGCAAUGGAUUGCUCAGAAGGGAUUCUGGCUUCUAUUUUGGCAACAACAAGUUACUUCCUGUAUAAGAAAAUCUCCCCCGAAACUCAAAAACAGCACAAGAGGCCUACAGCGAAGAGGUCACAUGAGGACAAACGGGACAAACCAACAGUUCCAGCGACUGAUUACAAAGUAGUAGCAUAUCGAAAAUACCGAAGAACAUACACAAGUAACAGAAGCAAUGAGGAAUUCUUUAAUUCGGUCAGGAUGUCAAUACCAACAUUCGAUAUUCUUCUUGAUAUGGUUGGACACCGAUUGGAGAAAUACUCAAUUAAGAAUCCAGCAGAUCCGGAAGCUCGUUUAUACAUGACACUCUUGCAUCUUUCAUCCGGAACAUCAGCUAAUAUCCUUGCGGAUCAGUUCAAUAUAACUCCAAUGACUACAAGAAGGAUAAUUAUUGAAACUUGUGAAACUAUCUGGGAUAUUCUAUCUCCCAGAUAUUUGAGACAACCACAAAGUGUCAGAGCAUGGGAAGACACUGCAAGACAAUAUGAGAAGCAAUGGAAUAUGCCCAAUUGUGUAGGUGCCUUGGAUGCUAAAUUUAUCAUGAUUAAUUGUCCAGCUUCAGCAGGAUCAGGAACUUAUAAUUCCCUAAAGAACACAAAUAUGGUUCUUCUAUCUUCAUGUGAUGCUAAUUUCUUAUUCACCUACAUUGAUAUUGGAAUAUAUGGAGAAAAUCCAGAUGAAGGAAUAUUUUCCCUAAGCUCUCUGGGACAAGCUCUGAAACAAGAAAAACUAUCACUUCCACCACCCUGCAUAAUUCAGGGAACUUCAAAACCACUUCCGUACUUUAUGGUGGGCAAUGCAACAUUUCCUCUAUUGAAGAAUCUCAUGAGACCGUAUCCGGGUCGUUUAUUGGAUGCAAGAAAAAAUCAAUUUAACACUCGUUUGUCUUUUGCCCACGGAACCAUAGAAAAUGCAUUUGGGAUCUUGGCAGCACGAUGGAGGAUUCUUCUAACACCCAUAAAAAUGAAACCGGGAAAUGUGGAAAAAAUUGUUAAAGCCUGCGUAGUUUUGCAUAACUUUUUAAAAUUGAAAGAUAAUCUCUACUGCCCACGAAUUUACGGUGACUAUAUAAAUGAGGACAAUAUUCUGGUGAAAGGGCAGUGGCGUCAGGAAGUCUCGGGCAUGGAAUCUGCCAGUGGACAAGGGGGAAAUCGAUCACAUGAUGAGGCAUUUAAAAUCAGGGAUAUUUUAGCUGAUACUAUUUUUAACUAAUAGAAAUAAAUCAAUUUUAAUCCA